UGGAGCGUUACAGCUGGAGUCUAGUUAGGUAGCCAUGAUGGAUAAAUGUAGAAAUGUACUAUUGUACUUUAUAAUAAAAGAACAAAGUUUUCAUGCUUUAAGUACUCAAUGAGCUUUGAAAAUCGGCAGAUUAGUAUUUCUAUUUCAAAGGAGUAAUUUAGUCCCGGGGAGGAGGAAUCGGUUCGAACGCCAGUCGGACAGCGCCUAAAAGUUGGAAACGACCAGUGUCGGUGUUUCUUGGGCGCGAGAAUAUUUUUCGGAUCGCCUUCAAACGAUGACCCAACGACUUAAGCCCCAGGGUGGCAGCCGGGUGUGAAAUGUGCCUGGCUCGUCCGCACACUUCCCAUCCAAAAAUUCGCCCUUCUGAAUAAAUGUGACAAUGGACAAUAUGCGUGACGAAGAUCGCAAACGACGCCUCAGGCAGUUGGAAGAUGUGAUACAGGAUCCGAGGAGUGUGGCCAACGUCGACUGCCUACUGGAUACCGUGCAGGCACUCGUCGCCGACUGUGAUCAUCCUGCUGUCAAACGGAUGAAAAAUGUCGAGGCCUACAUGGACAGAUAUAACAACGUUGCCACAGAGAUCCGGAAAUUGCGCAUGAAAGUUGAUGAUUUUACACUCAUAAAAGUAAUAGGAAGAGGUGCUUUUGGAGAAGUCCAAUUGGUUCGCCAUAAAUCAACACAAAAAGUCUAUGCAAUGAAAUUAUUAAGCAAGUUUGAAAUGAUUAAAAGAUCCGAUUCAGCAUUUUUCUGGGAAGAAAGGGAUAUUUUGGCACAUGCAAAUUCAGAAUGGAUUGUCCAGCUUCAUUUUGCAUUUCAAGACAAUAAAUUUCUUUACAUGGUCAUGGAUUACAUGCCAGGCGGCGAUUUAGUGAAUUUAAUUUCCAACUAUGAUAUUCCUGAGAAAUGGGCCCAAUUCUAUUGUGCUGAAGUAGUGUUGGCACUAGAUGCAAUACACUCAAUGGGAUUCGUUCAUAGGGAUAUUAAACCUGAUAACAUGCUUUUAGACAAAUAUGGCCACUUGAAACUUGCAGAUUUUGGCACUUGCAUGAGAAUGGAUGCUGACGGCCUGGUAAGAUCAGACACUGCAGUAGGUACACCUGAUUAUAUCUCGCCUGAAGUUCUUCAAUCACAAAGUGGUGAAGGUACUUACGGAAAGGAAUGCGACUGGUGGUCUGUCGGGGUUUUUCUUUAUGAAAUUCUCGUCGGAGACACCCCAUUUUUUGCCGAUUCACUCGUUGGAACAUACAGUAAAAUCAUGGAUCAUAGAAAGUCACUUCAUUUUGAUCCUGACCUUGAAAUUAGUGCAAACGCUAAAAAUUUAAUUUGUGGUUUUUUAACUGAUAGGUUAAAUCGCCUUGGAAGGAAAGGAGUUGAUGAAAUAAAGGCACAUCCAUUCUUUCAAAAUGAUCAAUGGACAUUUGACAACCUGAGAGACUGUGCUCCUCCAGUUGUUCCAGAACUAUCGGGUGAUGCUGAUACGAGAAAUUUUGAUGACAUUGAAAAAGAUGAAAGCCCAGAUGAGAAUUUCCCUACUCCAAAAGCCUUUGCCGGAAAUCAUUUACCAUUCGUCGGUUUCACUUACUCUCGGGAUUACCAACUUUUAUCAGCAAACAACCCCAACAGACAGAGUUCAGUCGAUACCGUUGAUAUGAUUACUGACCCUUCAGCGUUGGAAGUUGAGCUUGAGAAGGAAAGAAAACUGAAAGAAGCUAUAGAAUUGAGGCAAAAUUCUUUAAUCAGCCAGCUGGAAUUGUCUACUCAGAGGGAAGUGGAAUUACGACAAGAGAUGACAGCUCUUGAAAAAUCUCUCGCCAUACUCAAACACGAUCUGAAAGAGUGGCAAAGGAAAGCUGAAAACGAAGGAGAGCAGAAAAGGAAAGCAGAGGCAAACUUACAAGACGUGAGGCGGAAACUGGAAGAGGAACACAAUAAGAGGACGAGGGAAAUGAAUAACAACCAACAAGUUACUGACAAAGUGGCUAUAUUGGAAAAACAACUCAAGGAAAAACAAGAAAAGCUGAAAAGUGAAUCGGAGUCUAAUUCAAGGUUGAGAAAGCAAGUAGCUGAGCUCAUAGUGGCAAAAGCUGUCAGUGAACAAUUGGCAACGGAACUUCAGGCCAUGCUAGAUUCCUUACAGUCUCAGAGGGACACUCUACAGCAAGAAGUGGCUUAUCUCCAAGGGCAGUUAUCACAAGAAAAAAGUUCCAAUGUUCAUGCGAUAGAUAUUCAAAAAGAACUUGAAAAACGAUUAACAAUGUUGUCAAAUGAAUUGGAGAAAGGGUCUAUAAGAGAAUCAAAGUUGUCUGAUGAUAAUCAAAUGCUUAGUGAAAAAGUAAGUAGCCUGGAAAAAGAAUGCGCCGGCCUCGGUCUUGAGCUGAAAGCUGCUCAGAACCAGUAUCAACAAGAAGUCCGAGCACAUGAAGAAACCCAAAAAUCCAGGUUGUUAAGCAAUCAGCAAGCCAACAUGGAAGUAGUAAAGGCUUUACAAGCCAAAUUAAAUGAGGAAAAAAGUGCAAGGCAGAAAUCAGAUCUUAAUUAUCAAGAAAAGGAGAGACAGAUGAGCAUGUUAACAGUUGAUUACCGGCAAAUUCAACAGAGAUUGCAGAAACUCGAAGGAGAACAUAGACAAGAAUUGGAUAAAUCUAAAACAUUAGCUGCUCAAGUGGAACAAGAGCAUGGUAAAAAAUCAGCGUUGACUACAGAGCUCGCAGUACAGACGAGUGAGGUCGCCGCACUACGAGCGCGUGAGGCGCAACUGAGCAAGGAAGUCGCUCAGCUGAGGGAAAGGCAGAAGCAGACUGAAGAAGAACUCCACCGGGUCAAAACUCAAAAGUCUGUCGAUGACCUGCAAAUGAAGGAUCUCCAGGAUCAGCUUGAGGACCAGCUACAUUUCACAUCCCUCUACAAAUCACAGUCAGAACAGCUUAAGGAUGAGAUCGAGGAGAAAAUCAGAAGCAUUAACGAACUUGAAGAAGAACGAGGCUCCUUGGCUCAUCAACUUCAGUUGGCGUUGGCACGAGGUGACAGUGAAGCUUUGGCCCGGUCUAUAGCUGAGGAAACUGUAGCAGACCUUGAAAAAGAGAAGACAAUGAAAGAACUAGAGUUAAAGGAACUUUUGGCCAAACACAGGGCCGAUAGCGCUGCCAAAGAUACCAAUAUUACUAACUACAAGGAAAGAGAAAUAGAUUUUAAGAAACGAAUUGAUGAUCUAGUCAAAGAUAACGAUGAAUUAAUUCAACAGAAGAAGAUCAUGGAAGAAGAUGUACAAAAUGCUAAAUCUUGUAUGGAAGAAUUCGAAAGGCUGCACAAACAGUUGAAGCAAGAACAGUUGCUUAAAGCACAGGCUGUUAACAAACUGGCAGAAAUAAUGAACAGGAAGGAUUUGAAUGUUUCAUCGAAGGGCAAAGCCAAAGUUUCAUCUGCAGACCUCAGGAGAAAAGAGAAGGAAUGCAAGAAACUCCAACAGGAGCUUACAAUGUUGAGAGAGAAAUAUGGUCAAGAAGUGGUUAAGUGGCAGAAGGAAAUGCAAGAACUCCAAGCUUCUGUUAUAGAAGAGAAUGCGUCAAAAUUAAAAUUACAGAUGGAAUUAGAUUCCAAAGAAUCAGAAAUAGAGCAACUUCAGCUUAAAUUUGCCUCAUUGUAUAGCGAAACCGCUUCUCUAAGCAGUGCUGAUAAUGAGGAUGACAAUUUUCUACAAGAAUCAAGAUUGGAAGGUUGGCUUAGUGUGCCUAACAAGCAAAAUAUUCGUAGGCAUGGUUGGAGAAAAUUAUAUGUUGUUGUAUCAUCGAAGAAAAUUAUUUUCUACAAUUCUGAGAGUGAUAAACAAAACCCCACUCUUAUUCUCGACCUCAGUAAAGUCUUUCACGUGAGAUCUGUAACUCAGGGUGAUGUGAUUCGUGCCGAAGCCAAAGAUAUACCUAGAAUUUUUCAAUUACUAUAUGCAGGAGAAGGGGAAGCUAGAAGACCAGAGGAUGGUAAUACAUUUCAGGACUCUCGACCAGAUGGUAAACCUGGCACUGUUUCGGUCAAGGGUCAUGAAUUUGUUCAGAUUACUUUCCACAUGCCUUCUAAUUGUGAAGUGUGUACAAAACCUGUAUGGCAUAUGUUUAAACCACCCCCUGCUUUAGAAUGCAGCGGUUGUCACAUCAAACUACACAGGGAACAUUUAGACAGGAAAGAGGAUGCGAUAGCUCCCUGUAAAUUAAAUUAUGAUCCAAAUUGUGCCAAAGAACUGCUACUCCUAGCUAAUUCAAUUGAUGACCAAAAACAUUGGGUCCAAAGGUUGAGUAAAAAAAUUCAAAAAUCUGGUUAUAAAGCGAAUACAACGAUAGAUGGUGCAAAAAUAUCUCCAAGAGAAUCUACACGAUCAACUUUAAAACCGUAUAUGACAACUCAACAAAAGUCAGCGACAUUGCCAGCUAAUUCAGGGACUAAAUAAUAAUCAAUUUAUGGUGCCUUACUAACCACUUCAUUUGUGAUAUCAACAUUGUACAUAAUAGUCACAUUACUUCGUUAUAAAUGUAUCGAGUAGAUGGAAACAAAAUAGUAAUUUAGAUAAAACUUUUCAUCGCUGUUAGUUUUAGACAGUUGGACUCUAUAGAAAUAUAAAGAAAACGUUUGAACAGUCUUCCAAAACAAAACAAAAAUCUGCAAUAAAAAAUCAAGACUGAAAAGCUACUAGCAAAACUUCUGGUGAUAAUAUAUUUUUUUUCUUUCAAUUAUUUAUUACUUUCAAUGCAGUGUGGCUCCUCAUGCAACAACAGCGAAAUUUUGUUCAAUAAUGACAUCAUUUUUAAAUUUAUUGCAAUUUUUGUUAUUAACAAAUUCAUUUAAUAAUUAUGGUCAUCGAGUUGUAAUAUAGUGUAUAUACUAAUAUAUAUUUUGGGUAAUUUUUCAUAAAUUUUCAACUUAAUUUAUGUAAAUAAUUUAAUAUUUUUUAUUGUAAAUAUUUUUUUUUAUUAUACGCUUAUUUUAUUUAAUUCUCAUAUUGUUGCUUUACAUUUUAGUUUUAUAUUCUUAUGUUUAAUUUAAACAACGAUUUUACGCAGGGCAUUUACACAUUACAAGUUGAGAAAAACAAAGUCUUUUCAAUAAAAACAAAAUAUAUAAUUUGAGUUUUAAACAUAUAUUUCUGUACAAACUCAAAUUACUGUUGACUAAUUUUAAUAAUAUACUUUCUAAUCAAUUUGUGAUUUUUCUUGAAAUUUAUCUUGAGUGGUGAUUUUUAUGAAGAAAAAAUGUAAGAAAUUAAUUCGAUUUAACAUUAGGUGAUUAAAUGUCCUGUAAGCAGAAUAAAUGUGCCAAGCAGACAAUAUAUUUUUUUGUUUUCACCAUUUUAUAUUUCUGUGAAUAAAAAAAAAAAAAAAAAAAAA